AUGACGCCUCCUCUGAGGGGCAGCCCUACGGGGAGGCUCUCGGCAGCAGCAGCAGCAAUUGCUACUGCUGCUAUGUCUGCCUUGCUACUUUCACCAUCGGCUAAAGCCCAGGAGCCUUACGGAGUGCCGAGCCCCCAAGUGGCUUCGGAGCUCUCUGGCCUCGGAUAUUUUACAGCGAGUCUCGAUACUCGAGCCAUCUCUGCGGGGCAGUACAGCGCCUCCCCCGAAACUUUCUCCGUUUCUCCCUCUAGCUCCAUCCCCGCAUUCGACUCUUUCACGCCGUAUGCCCCCCCGGCUGCUCCCUCUUUUGCCCCCUCGGCUGCUCCCCCUUUUGCCCCCUCGGCUGCUCCCCCUUUUGCCCCCUCGGCUGCUCCCCCUUUUGCCCCCUCGGCUGCUCCCCCUUUUGCCCCCUCGGAUGCAGGCAUUGCCACCACAGAGGCGACCGCAACAGCAGCGAGCGCCUACGAGGCCUACGCGUCGGGGGGCCUCACCGCCUCCAGUGGCUCACCCUACACCCCAGCAAGCAACCCUGUUUCCCCGUCAUACUUUGAUGUGGGGUCUCCAUCCUACAGCCCUGCUGCAUACCAGUCGACCGCGCAAUAUGACACUACUCCCACGUCUGAACCCUCCCCGACCACCCCCACCAGUUACAGCAGCCCAACGGCGGCUGCAGCGCCUUCUGAGGUGCUACAGCAGGCUCAAAUGAUGCCCCCGACACAGCAGUCUGACGUAGGCUCGGUCACGAUAACCCCCAUUCAGACUGCAGCAGCAACGCUGGGGUAG